GGUCCAAAUUUGACCUGAAGUAUCUUGUUUCUGAUAGAUUCUCUCUAGCUCUUGUCCUUUUUUUACAGACCCUUAAGGUCUCUCUCCUGCAGGUUAAUGCACUGUCUUCACCAUUUCACUUCAUUUUUUCUAAACAUAAUAAUUUAUUUUCCUAAAAAAAUAUUAAAAUUUAAUAUUAAAUUUUUUUCUCAAAGCUCACCAUUUAAGAAGGCGGCAAAUUCUUCUUCCCAUUAUUAACAUUAGAGUGGUCUCUCCUUCUUCUAUUAACAAUGGCGUCAAUGCCGUUGUACUGGCAACCACCACCAGCCACGGAGUAUCCACAACACUCAUCCUCCGUCUCCUCCUCCGGCAACCCCACCAUUGGUCCUUUUAUCGCCGUCUUUAUCGUCGUCACUGUUCUCUGUGUUGUUGCUAGCGUUAUUGGACGGCUUUGCUCCGGCAAAACCAUCUUAGGGUAUGGAGACUACGAUAUGGAGAGAUGGGCUGAGAGUAGAUGUGGUUCUUGUAUCGACGGCCACAUCAUUCCCCACCGGCCGUCUCCGUCGCCUCCUCCUCCUCCUCCUCGUCAGCCUUUGCACCACACUUCCUCGGGCGUCUCAGCUGAAUCUGAAGGACACGUGGCAGAUCUAGAUGAAACUGAUGGAGAGAAACAAGACUCUUUAGACCAUGAACCUCCAACACAAACACCAUCCUCAGCUCAUUCUUGAUUAGUUUCCCUCUAGCGUUCGAUUCUUUUUCGUGUUGGUUUAAAAAGUUAGCGACUGUAAUUGAAAAUUCACGAGUUCAAUCCCAAAGCGGUCAAAGUUAUUGAAAAUGGCGCUCUCAGAUUUUGUUUUUUCUUUUUGCACUUUUUAUCUUUUAGUUAUACUACAGUACUAUUUAAUUUCUCUUGUGAAUAAGUGGUUUAUACCGAAGAUA